AUGUCAAACGUUCACUCCGAGAAGAUCGACCACGCAGUCAGCCGUCUGACCGACGCAGGACUGGGCAACAACAAUCAAGCCGCCUUGAGCACGAGCUCGAGCAGCAAGGGUGGCUCCAACACUAAGUGGAUCAUCAUCGGCAGCGUGCUUGGAGGCGUUGGCCUUCUAUUACUUCUCGUCUCCGCUUUCUUCUGUAUCCUUCGCAGACGCAGAAAGACCAAAGCGUACAAUAUUGUCCACCGCGGCGUCGACAUGCCCUCCGGGCCUGGCGGACCACGAAUGAGCGGUGGUUUGAUGCCAGUAAGUCAGAUAUCUGUGCCCCCAAUCAUACACAGAAGUAUUGCGCUUCCGCGGUUCACCCUGCUCAAGAAGGUCAUAUACAAUUUUCCCUACAAUAUGACCAUCCACCCAUUCACCAAAUCCACUAACAGUCCCCACCAGCUCUGGAUGUCCAACAACGCCCCCUCAAUCUCCCACACCCCACCCACCGCCCACCCCGACAACCAGUCCGACAUCGAGAAACUCCGCCGCUACUCCUCAGCCGGCCUCCCCUCUGCCUCCCGCGACUCCUUCGCCUCCGCCCGCAGCGACGUCACCAUCGGCCCGCCCACCGCCGCACGCUCUCGCUCCCGCAGCCCCGAUGAUCGCGGCCGCGACGCCAGCCGCUCACGCUCCGGAACGGGGCUGAUCAGCGAGCGAAGCCGCAGCCGGAGCGCGAGUCGGGAUUUCUUCAAUGCGGACGCUGUGGGCGCGGGCGAGAGUGAUAUGAUGGUGAGGAGUAAGUUUAAGGAGAGCGAGUUUGGGGGUGCGUAUGAGGGUGUUGAGACGGGGUAUGGUGGGGAUAAGCGGCAGCAGUUCUGA